UGCCACUUUGAAUCCUACCCUUCAAGCCAGCAAAUACUGACAGUGGCUGAAGCUCUUGUUGAAAAGUUCCCCUGUCUUAAGGAGCCUGCAGGGCUGUAUGGCUGGCAGCAGCGAAUCAAGUACAAGAUGCAUAAUCACCGUGCCAAGCUGAGAACACGGAAGUAUGCCUAUCCUGAAAUUGAAGUAAACACAUUAAAGCGAAAGCUACAAAUUGAUGCAACCCCAGCAAAAAAUGUAAAGAAGGCAAAGAAAGCUGAGGUUAAUUAUCUCCCUCCACAUCCUAUUGGGGAAAACCAAGACACAUUGGAGAAGGGGAGACUGGAAUUAAUCAAUGAGGUGCAAAAGAAGAACAAUGCAAAAAUAAUCACAGAAAAAAUGUCGAAAACCUUUUCAAGUCGAAGACUGGAGGUGGUGACUCUCAAUCCAGCUAUCAGUGUCUUAAAAGAGAGGUGGCCUGCAUUCACUGAGCUUCAGGUCAAAGAAGAGUUCCGUCGUAUCACAACGGUUUCUCUGGAAGACACGUUCAUGCGGAAACUUGAUGCUUACACACCGCGUCUCCUGCAGCUGAUGCGUGCCAAAGGAGGAGCUGUUGGUUCCAGGAUGCAUCCCCUUCUGGACACUGUUAAUGAGUCCCAGAGCGUUGAGAAAAAAAGGGAUACUGUUGUCUGUUGCCUCAUUGAAUACCUUGGGGAACACCAGGAGGACCUCUUCCAAGAUUGCCAAUAUGAUGAACUGGAGGGCCCCAUGGAUCAAGCCAUGAAGGUGCUUGUUGUCCACAAUCCCAUGGCUGAUCACAAUCCAGCAGAAGUGAGAAUUGUGAUCGAGGGUAACCAAGUGCUGAGCAGGUGUGGAAACCGAACCCGUGCAUGCAUGCUGUUGAUGGGAUUAAUCUAUGCCCUCAACCUAGAGUAUCCCAAGAUGCUAAAGAACACCUUUGAAGUAUUCCAAAAACUUUUGCUAGAGCUUGAUGGAGCAAAGAUACUCAAAAAGGUCCAAACCCUUAAAAACAAACUAAUGGAGUGAACCGUUUGCAUACUGUGGAAAAAAAGUCUGAAUUUUGUUUUUAUAAAACAUUUUUUGAUUUUUAUAUUUUACAUUUAAUUUACAUUUAUAUUUUUAUUUUAUUUUUGACUAUUUUUGAGUACUUUAACUUUAAUGUCAUGUUGAUGAUAUGAAUAGAUCAUAUUGUGACAGUGUUUUGUGAUCCAGUUGUGCAGAGCUUUGCACAUUGUUCUUGUUAUUGAUCUAUAAUUGGAUAUGCACUUUUGAAGCCAUUGACAUCCUAUACAAUUGUAUGUCCUAUAGCAAUGGGAUAAUAGUUGAUCAGAAACAUUUGUUCUUAAUGAAACAGAAGUUCUUAAUGACCUCAACAACACAAAAUUGCACAGUAUUGUUCAAGAAACUGCCACAUUGAAGUUGUUAACCUCCUCAUCUUAUUGCCUUCCCUCUCACCUCUUUGUGCAAUGGUUUAUGAAGGGACAGUUUUUUCCAAAGUCAAAUGUAUAUUUGUCUUCUGUCUGGUGCUCAAAGCAGCAUCCAAACAUUAAAAACGGUUGUAUCUUUGUACAAAAAAAUGCAUUUUUAGAUACCUCAAGUGAGUCAGGUGUUCAGAGAUGAGGGCUGUGAGUGUGGAGAUGAAAUGUUCUGCAU